AUGAUGCAGAGCCUCCCGUGCUAUGGAGGAAUCGAGUUCGGCGGGGACGCGUCGGCGGUGCCUGAGGCGACGCUGCGCCAGCUGGGCUGGGCGCUGGCGGGCGCGCCGCCCGACCACCUGCGCAACCUCUCCGUGGUGGACGUGGACACGGUGGCGGCGCUGGGCGCCGCGCCCGGCCUCAACGCCCUGCAGCUGUGCGCGCUGGCCGAGCGCAUCGUGGAGGACUGGGGAAGCAAGCGCCCGGAGGAGUACUCGCACCUCGACCUGGCGGCGCUGCGCCGCAUCCUGGAGGCAGCACCCGAGCUAGCAGGAUUGAAGAAUUGCCCUAAGGAAGUUUUGCAAAGCCUGGCAAAAUUGGCAACGGAUUCAAAAGCAUUUGGAGACCCUGCUCACUGGACUGAUACUCAAGUACGUUCUGUGGGAUGCAUAAUUGGAGGUCUUCCGUUGUUUUCAUUUUCGUCUAUCACAACCGCAGCCAUGGAAGGAAUGACUCCGCAGGCGGUGCCAUGUCUCACAAUUGAACAAAUAAAGAGUUGCAAGUCGUGA